CACUUUUACAAGCACCCACCACCCUCUUCCCCCUUUCGUCUCUCUGUCUCCCUUGUAUAACAGUGGCCAGUGCUGGAUUACUAACCUGAGGCUACUGAACCAGGGGUCUUUGGCAGGCUUCGACCAGAAUGGUGAGUUCUUCGAUGACUUCCACAAGCUUCGAUCAACACCCAGCAUGACACAGAGCAACGAAAACUUUCUGUGGUUCCACCCCAACAUCACUGGAAUUGAGGCUGAGCAGCUCCUGUUAACGCGGGGCGUCCACGGCAGUUUCCUGGCACGACCCAGCAAGAGCAACCGGGAUUUCACCCUCUCUGUCAGGCGCAAUGAUGAGGUGACCCACAUUAAGAUCCAGAACUCAGGCGACUACUACGACCUGUAUGGAGGUGAGAAGUUUGCCACGCUGGCCGAGCUGGUGCAGUAUUACACAGAGCAACAAGAUCUCCUGCGCGAGAGGAACGGCCAUGUUAUUGAGCUCAAGUACCCACUCAAUUGCAAGGACCCCACUUCGGAGAGGUGGUACCACGGACACCUUUCUGGGCGAGAUGCAGAGAAACUGCUCACAGAAAAAGGCAAGGCGGGUAGCUUCCUGGUUCGGGAGAGCCAGAGUAAACCGGGUGACUUUGUCCUCUCAGUUCUCACCAAUGAGGAAAAACAUGAAAACGUGGACCGCAAGACCAAGGUCACCCAUGUAAUGAUACGCUACCAGCAGGAUGGUAAAUAUGAUGUGGGUGGCGGUGAGAGGUUUGAUACCCUGGCUGAUUUGGUAGAUCACUACAAGAAGAACCCCAUGGUGGAGAAGAGUGGCAUCGUUGUGCAUCUCAAACAGCCGUUUAAUGCCACCAGGAUAAAUGCAGCCAAUAUAGAGAACCGGGUACGUGAGCUCAACAAAGUAGCAGACAACUCUGAGAAACCUAAACAAGGAUUCUGGGAAGAAUUUGAGGUACUUCAGCAGCAGGAGUGCAAACUGCUUUAUCCCCGGAAAGAAGGGCAGAAGCUAGAAAACAAGAGUAAAAACAGAUACAAGAAUAUCCUCCCCUUUGACACAACUCGUGUUGAAAUCAGGGAAAUGGAUCCAGAUAUUCCUGGUUCAGACUACAUCAAUGCCAACUACAUCAGAAGUAUGCAUGAAGAUGGGCGUCACGUGGAGGAGGGCAAAGUCUUCAUCGCCACACAAGGGUGCCUCCAGAAUACAGUGAUUGACUUCUGGAAGAUGGUUUAUCAGGAAAACACACAUGUCAUUGUCAUGACCACAAAAGAGAUGGAGCGAGGACGGAAUAAAUGUGUCCGUUACUGGCCAGACCUCCAUGCCACCAAAGAGUUCGGCAAGGUGCUGGUGAGGAACGUGGAUGAGAGGCCUGCACAAGACUAUGCCCUGAGGAAGCUGGAGGUGACCCGUCUGGACCGGAAAGAGCCUGCACGGUACAUCUGGCAUUAUCAGUACCUGAGCUGGCCAGACCACGGCGUGCCCAACGAGCCCGGCGGUGUCCUCUGGUUCCUAGAGGAAGUCAACCGCACCCAGAGCACCAUUCCAGACACCGGACCUAUUGUCGUCCACUGCAGUGCAGGCAUAGGCAGGACGGGCACUAUAAUCGUCAUCGACAUCCUCAUUGACAUUAUUAACCGCCAAGGCCUUGAUUGUGACAUCGACAUCCCGAAGACCAUCCAGAGGGUCCGACAGCAGAGGUCAGGCAUGGUGCAGACGGAGGCCCAGUAUAAGUUCAUCUACAUGGCAGUGCAGCAGUACAUAGACACAGCUCAGAAGAGACUGGAGGAGGAGCAGAGGAAUAAAAUGAAGGAGAGAGAGUACUCCAACAUCAAAUAUGGUCACAUGACCAACUCGAGGUCCAAACCCAACAUGGCAUCCUCACGUUCUUCUUCUGUAAUGACAAAUGACGACUCAUCGAGUGUGUACGAGAACAUAAACUUUAAAAGCUCUCAGACAUCCUUUAGCAGUAACACCAGGAGGUAAAAGUGACGGUAGACCUCCACCAUCCUCUGGCUGCUUCUCUUUUCAGCGGAGGUGUCGCUUUCGUCAGCGUGAAAAACCCCACCGCCUGUGGGAGGAGGGACCAUGGUGCUGGGACUACACCUCAUCCACAUCAGUGCUCCCUGUCUGUGCUGAAAGCGAUGAGCUCAGCUUCCUUUUCCUCCUCCCCCUCCAGUUGUCCUCCUGUUGCUGCCGUCCUGACUGACCUGUCUUUCUGGAGCUAAACUCAGCCUCUAUGGAGAGAAGAACUCCACCGCGAAGCCCACCACCACCUUCAUGUUCCUCAGGGUCCUCUGUCUCCCUCUGCCUCUCCUUGUCUUUACCAAAGUGCCUUGUCACAGGAAGUGUCUGUAUCCUCGCCUCCCUGAACCUGCUGUUACAUCUUUGCUGUUACUUAUCUUUCAAACUUAAGCUGACAUGAGACGUAACCGCCUUUUCCCUUGGCGUUACGGGUGUGAACUGUGGACUAUGCCUCAACAUGAACUGAACUGAACUGAACAGAGCCAUACGGGACCCAAAGAAGAGGUCAAGGCUAAGCUGUUUGUCUGCUCUUUGCCACAUAUCAGUAUUCCCUCUCUUUCUUUCUGUGUCUCUGCUUGUCUGAACUCGACCCUCAGACUGUUUUAGCUGCGUCUGCUUGUCCAGCUGUGGCGGUUAUUAAUGCAGCAGCUAAUACGUAGCAAGGGGAAUUACAGAACCUGAGACAGGACCCGGAAUCUCCUCAAUGACACGAAAGGCCCGUUUUUCAUUUUCACUAAAAACUCUCCUUACAUUUAAGUAUAAAAGUCAGCUCUGCUUUGAGUUUUUUAUGGUCAAUAGCACAUACAUGUCACCUAGUCCCACUUUGACUAAUUUUUAUUUCCUAUCUUCCUCCUCUUUUUUGUUUAUUUUAUUGAAGACAUGGUUUUAGACAUGUAUGCAGCAACAUGUGCUCGAUUAUUUUUUAAAUCACAUCAAAGUAUAAGCACAGAUCUUUAAGCUGGGUCCCUGACACCCGUCUGGCUCUUGAGUUCACGUGUGAUAGUAAAACAGUCGGACAAGAUUCCUGAAUGGUCGCUCAGAGCUGGGCUUUGGCCCGUCUGUUGGCUUUGUUUGACUGGCUGUCCUUGUUAAUCAGCAGGUCUGAUGCAGUUCAACAUCUGUCGGAGGAAAUCGUCACAAGGAGAUGUGGGAGAGGGGCCGAUUACAGCGGGAGCCAGAUGGCCAUCUGCCUGAGAUUGAAGAAUAGAUUUGUCUCCAAAAAGUAAUUUAGAAGAUGGCCAUAAUCCAGGCUUGAUGAUAGCGGGAGAGUAAAGCCCAUGUCACUGAUGUGAUAAGGAAGACGCUGGUGCCACUCUGUACCGAGCCCUCUGCACCCUCUGCCAGAUUGGUGUCUAUUCUUAGCAUUCAGCAUCAGCACCAAAAUAUCCCAUUCACAUACAAAAUCAGACAUGCUGGUAAAUAUCAACUGAGCACUUUUACAAUGUAGACGUUUCCUACUGAAGACUGAAAAACAUCCUUCUCACAGAAGGACAUCAGCAAAAUCCAUGUGUGAAUGAGCAGAAGUUCAGAGGUGUGUUUCUGCUCAGAUCAUUCCUUUUGCAGGGAUUCUGCACUUUAUCAAACAGUGUGGAAUUUGAUUAAAUAAGUUAAAUAAUUUCAAGAUAAGGAAGAGUGUAGAUGAAUAUGUAUUUCCUGACUAUUGCCCCUAUACUGUUCUUUAAUAUAUACACUUCAGAAUUUUUAGAAAUAAACUGAUGCAAAUAUUUUUCAUCAGAGUGCAGCCUGACAUUAACUAUGCAACACAAUGGCAUAAACAGUCAGAAUGUAACAUACUGGACAUGUUGACUCUUGUUUUAUAAAGUGGAGUAUUAGAAGCACAGUGAGGGGGAAAAAUCUGAUAUUAUAAUAUAUCACGUGAAUAAAAGAUGGGACAGUACCGGAAUAACAUUAUGGCUUAAAAGAGCCAUAAUGUUAAAACGUUAAAGUUGUGAAGAAAAACCCAGCAAAUCCCCAAAGAACAAAUCCAUAGAAACAGUUUUUUUCUCAGAUAUUAUGACACAAAUGUUCGAAGGUCAUGAAUGUCCAUUCUCAUGAAUGUCAUGUCCCAACAACACCCUGUUGGAUUUUUGUUCUGAUUUUAUAAUUUGACAUCAAAGUUCACGUGGACUUAAAGAUGAACUGGUUCGAUUUUGGUCAUUCUAAACUCACAGAACCCCCCCCCCCCAUUAUCACAUGUAAUGGAGAAAACAGUGGAAGCAGCAGCUUGAACUUGAUUCUUGUUUCAUAAAUUUUACAACUUUAUUUGCAAAAUUUUAUGACUUUAGAUAAAUAUUAUGUCUUAAUUCUCCACUUCCUUAUGUGUUCUUAAUCCUCAGAUGUUAAAUGUACUCUAAAAAAAUGUCCGGAGUCUGGAAAUGUGAAUCUGGAGUAAGUUUUUUAAACUUCAGGAGGUGUAGGAUCUUGUUUUUCCUCAGCAAACAUUCUGCUCACAUUCACAAACUGUACUCAUGUUCUUCAUAUUCUUCCAUAAACUGUCCACUUUCUGCUACAACAUUUAACUCUGAGUAAAUCUAAAAUAAAAAAUUCAAGUCAAUCAAAAGGCAGUAUUUAAAUAUUGUUCAGGGUUCUACAAUAUUGAGUGGCCAUAUCAUGAGAAAUUCCAGUGGCAUCUUAUGAUUAGAUCUUAUGAGUCCUUUUAUUACGACAUUAGCACAGGUGUAAGAUGGGAGUUUUCAUCACUCAAACCUGUAACCGCGUCUAUGUUUGACAUCAGACACAGGUAGAUGUUCCGUUAAAUUUAAGGAUGUGUGAAUCCUGUUGGUUUCCUUUUGCUUCUUUCACCCUCCAAACUGGUUUUUGAUUAGUGGCAUUUUAUUUUUGUGGUUUAAUGGUGAUACUUUAUUUCACAGUGGAUAAUUAAGAUACUUGUCAUAUUUUCUUUUUGCCUCUCUGGGUGAAAUUGUUUUAUGAUGGUGAAACAUCAAUACUUGAAAGUGUGAAACUACUGAAUCUGUUUGGAUGCCGAUUGGCUGUGGGAGAAUUUUUAGUAGUGCACUAGAUUUUUUUUUUUUUUUUUUUCUCAUUUGUAGAUAUGUCUCAAAUUGUUUAUUUCUAGUUAAUUGUUUUAUCUAUUCUUUUAUUUGUAUUGUGUCUGUACAUUUAUUAUUCUGUUAUUAUUAUUAUUUUUGGUGUACUCUCACCAGGCAGAGCCCCGUGUGGCUCUAUGUUGAACCAGUGUACAUGGAGGUAUGCACUAGUGAUACAGUAUUUUCCUGUUAGACUUACUUGAACACGAUGUGGUUGUCUUUUGCUUGUGAUUCCUCUGUGGUUUGCAGUAUGCCUGCAGUAAACUGUGGUUAAACUGAGUGCCCCUGUGUUCACUGGAGGUUUCUCCUCUUCUUCUUGCACUGGCUCGUUCCAGACGCCUUUUUGUUUGUUUGUUUGUUUGUUUGUUUGUUUGUUUUGCUGUAUAGGCUACAACUGCUGAUGCAAUGAGCUGCCAGAAAUGUUUUUAAUAUUGAAUAGCUGAAUAAAAAUCUAUGAUGGUACGAUGUAAACUCAA